CCAGCCUAGCGCCUCUGCACUGCAAAAUGGAGUUGUCUGAUUCUGUUAUCAAGGGGCUUCAGACCUUAUCGGAUCCAGCUCAUUUUAACCUGAAAACAUUCACUACCGUCACCGAGGCGAUAUUCGACAGUCUGCUGUCUCCUCACACCAGCAGUGUUUUCGACCAACCAGAUCUGAAGAACAUUGACCAAGUUCUCCUGAAACAAUGUCACGUUGCAGCAGCAACAUUUAUACUAGAAGCAGUGAAACAGAACACAGAUAAAUCAACCAUCAGCUCUUGCCUUGAAGACAUCAGAUUCAACAGUGAUAAAGUGGACGUGUUUUAUACCAUUUACCAGAAAAACAAAACAAACCUGGAAAAUCUUCUGUCGGGCAUUGAUAGGUGCCCCCCUCACAUAACCGAUGUCUCUUGGCGCCUGGAUUAUUGCAUAAAGAACAGCCAUGUGCACAAGGUUAAUCAGCCAUCAUAUCUGAUUUCUCUAAACACUGAGAGUGGUGAUAACGAGGUCUCUUCUGAAGUCAAUUUUAGUUGUACAUUGGUGCAACUGCAGGAUUUAGUGGGGAAGCUGAAGGACGCAGCCAAGAGUGUGGAGAGAGCCACACAGCUCUAAUUCAACUUUAUAUACAUUUAUAUAACUUUAUGAUGUGCAGCUUGUAUCAAGAGGACCAUCUCUGACCUGUACUUGUGAUUUCUCUGUCUUCUACCUUCAUGUUUCCAGUUUUACAAUAAAACAAUUUGAUAAACUCA